UGUGUGAUAAGUGCGACCCUACACCUCUCAGCCAGCCACAGAGAUUUCCCCGGAUAAAUGGAGGAAAAGCAGCUGGACUUCUUACUGGUUCCCCUGGGCCUAUUUGUCCUCGCUCUGUAUCAUGCAUGGCUUCUCUUCUCCGUCCUCAGGCGACCAAAUACCACUGUCAUCGGCCUCAAUGCCUUUGCUCGCCGGCGAUGGGUCCAAGCAAUGAUGGCUGAUUCCUUGAAAAAUGGCGUGCUUGCGGUGCAAACAAUUCGCAACAACAUAAUGGCAUCGACUGUGUUGGCCACCACCGCAAUCACUCUCGCCUCCCUCAUCAGUGUCUUCGUGAGCGCCACCUCCAAAUCCUCAACCUCUUCAGCAUUGGUGUAUGGCAACAAGACUUCGCUGGCAUCUUCGACGAAGCUCUUUGCCAUAUCGCUCUGUUUCAUCCUCGCAUUCCUUUGCCACAUACAGGCGAUAAGAUACUAUGCACAUGUUAGUUUCCUGGUGACAACCCCACCUUCAGUAAUUGAUAGUAGAGGAGACUUGGUUUCAGUGAAAUAUGUUGGUAGGAGUUUGAAUAGGGGGAGCUUGUUCUGGUCUCUUGGCCUCAGGGCAUUUUAUGUGUCUUUCACUCUUUUCCUGUGGAUUUUUGGACCAAUACCAAUGUUUGUUUCCUGUAUUGUUAUGUGUUCUUUGUUGUAUUUUUUGGAUACAACAACUGAGCAUACGAGAGACCUCCAUAGAUCAUUUUGUCCCAUGGAGAAUGAAGAGGCUGAACAUAAUGUCUGAGGGUUUUGAUCUGUAUGGAAAUUACUGAAAAUGGGAAUUAUUUUCCAAUGCGUUAUUAACAAUUUUUUUUCUAAUUUUAUGA